AUGUUCGAAGGCGAUUCAUUUUGUCAUGAUCCAGCUGGUUGGGGUCCUUUGGAACCAGAUCAGGGAGGCUUUAAUAUGACUUUGUGCUUCACUGAAGGAACUUUCAUUAUGCCUAUCAAUGCAUUGAUGAUGAUCUUUGGAUCUCUUGAGAUUUUCUAUCUUGUUAAAAGAUCAACUGUUGUUCCAGCUAGUGGUUUAAGGAAAUGGCAUUUUGUUUUCAAGAGGUUAAUACCUAAGCCUCGAGAUCCAUAUGAACUUAUUGAAGAAGAUAAUCAAACAAGUCCAGAAGAGACUGCUAAUAUAUUUUCACGUCUCACAUUUUAUUGGAUGACUCCAAUGAUGAAACUUGGAUAUAAGAAAUAUCUUACAUUUGCGGACUUAAUGAAUUUGAAUUCAGAAGAUCGAUCCAAAAGAAUCUCCGAGAAAUUUGAAGAAAAAUGGAAAAAUGAAUUAAAUAAAAAAAAUCCUUCAUUAAUCAAAGUUAUAACCUUUACAUUUGGUGGUCCAUUUGUAUUUGCUGCUCCUCAAUUAUUAAGAGUUUUAAUGAUAUUUGUAAGAAGUCAAGGAGAAGAAAAUCCUCAACCUGCACUAUGGGGAUAUUAUAUUGCUGUGAUGAUGUUUUUUACUGCAAUUUUACAAACCAUGUUUUUGCAUCAAUAUUUUCAACUUUGUUUUGUUACUGGAAUGAGGACACGAGCUGGUCUUGUAACAGCAAUAUAUAAAAAAUCUUUACUCCUAUCUAACAGUGGUCGACAAAGUUCAACGGUUGGGGAGAUUGUUAAUCACAUGAGUGUGGAUGCACAAAAAAUUAUGGAUUUAACCACCUAUUUUCACAUUACGUGGUCCGGUCCUUUUCAAAUCGCCUUAGCCUUGUAUUUCUUAUAUCAAACAAUGGGAGUCAGUGCUUUUGCUGGAGUUGCUGUCAUGAUUUUAAUGAUACCAAUAAAUGCAGUUAUAGCAUCAAAAAUGAGAACUUUGCAAAGAAAACAAAUGAAAAAUAAAGAUGAUAGGAUUAAAUUAAUGAAUGAAAUUCUUAACGGCAUCAAAGUUAUAAAAUUAUAUGCUUGGGAAUCAGCAUUUACUAAAAAGAUUUCUCAUAUAAGAAAUAAUUUGGAGCUUAAUACGCUUAAGAAACUUGGUUAUCUUGCUUCUCUACAGAGUUUUACAUGGGCAUCAACGCCUUUCUUAGUCUCUUUUGCCACAUUUGCUGUUUAUGUAAACAUAACUAAUGAACCUUUGACAAGUGAAAUUGUCUUCGUUGCAUUAGCCUUAUUCAAUCUUCUACAAUUUCCACUUACCGUAUUUCCCCAUGUUAUAACUUCAGCAAUUGAAGCUGCAGUAUCUAUAAAAAGAGUUCAGAAUUUUUUAAAGGCUGACGAAUUAGAUCCCAAUGCUAUUGUUCGAUUACCUUAUCGUGUGGAUAAUAAUGAAGUUCCAAAAAAAGUGAAUGGUAAGAUUGAAAUGGUGUCAAUAAAACAUGGAACAUUUAAGUGGUACAAAGGUGGAGUUUCAGAGUUGGAAGAUAUUAAUUUGAGCGUUGGGAAAGGAGAUUUAAUUUCAAUUGUCGGAAGAGUAGGUGCUGGUAAAUCAUCACUUUUAUCUGCUAUUCUUGGCGAAAUGUAUAAAGUUGGAGGCCAAGUUGCUGUUCGUGGACAUGUUGCUUAUGUUACACAGGUAAUUGAAGCGUGUUGUUUAAAUCAAGAUAUAUCUAUUCUUCCAGGUGGAGAUUUAACCGAAAUUGGUGAAAAGGGUAUAAAUCUCUCCGGUGGUCAGAAGGCAAGAAUAUCAUUGGCUCGUGCACUUUAUGCUCGAGCUGAUGUUUAUUUAUUGGAUGAUCCUUUGUCUGCUGUUGAUGCUCUUGUUGGCAUAACAAAAGCCCGAAUAUUUGUAACGCAUGGUAUUCAUCAUUUGUCACGUGCAAAUUCAGUGGUAAUGUUGAGAGAGGGUCGAAUAACAGAGCAAGGACAUUUUGAUACUUUGAUGAAAGAAAAGAAAGAGCUAUUUAAUUUAAUUAGCGAAUAUGGUCAAGAAAUUCAAGGCCCAAAUGAAGAGGAUGAAGCAAUAUCUAGCCCAAAUAUGGUGGAAACUUAUGAGAUUGAUGAAGCAAAUAUGGAUCCUAAUACAGAAGAAACAUCUAGAAGUCCACGGGAAAGACGUGUUAGUGUGGCCAGUUUACAUAAAAGACCGUCACUUAUGACUACAAACAAUAAGAAAGAGGAUAUUGAACCAAGUGAUACGGAUGCUUUAAUUACUAAAGAAGAGUCGGCAAAAGGAAAGGUGGUGUGGCCUGUAUAUCAAGCUUAUAUCAAAUCAUGCUCGGCGGGUGCAGUCAUAUUAUUUUUAUUCAUGCUGAUUACAUCGCAGGGUGUACAAAUUGGUAAUAGUUUAUUUCUUAAGUAUUGGAGUUCUUUAAAAACAACAGAAAAUGUUCUAUUUUAUUUGUUUAUAUACGGUUGUAUUGGAAUCAUACAUUCUUUUAUGACGAUUAUACAAACCAUCGUUCUUUGGAUAUUCUGUGCCAUUAGGGCUGCUCAAACUUUACACGAAAAGAUGUUUAACAGUAUCGUGAGAUCUCCAAUGUCCUUUUUUGAUACAACGCCAUUGGGUCGUAUUUUAAAUAGAUUUAGCAAAGAUCAAUACACUAUUGAUGAAGUAUUACCACGCACAUUUUCUGGAUAUUUCAGAACCCUUUUUAUAGUCAUGGCAACUGCCAUAGUUAUUUCUUAUUCUACUCCAUCUUUUACCUUUAUAAUUAUUCCAAUGAUUUUAAUUUAUAGUUACAUUCAAUCAUAUUAUUUGGCAACAUCAAGGGAACUAAAACGAUUGGAUUCAUUGACUCGAUCUCCAAUCUAUGCACAUUUUCAAGAAACACUUGGUGGUGUUAUAACUAUUCGAGCUUAUGGGCAAUCUGAACGAUUCUGUAGAGAAAAUGAAAUUAAAUUAGAUGAAAAUCAAAAAGCGUAUUAUCCUUCAAUAUCAUGUAAUAGAUGGUUAGCUGUAAGAUUGGAAUUUUUAGGUUCUUUGAUUAUAUUUAGUGCUGCAAUUUUAUCUGUUGUCACGGUAUUGACGACUCACUACGUUGAUGAAGGUCUUGUGGGGUUAUCAGUAUCUUAUGCUUUGAGUGUCACUCAAGCAUUGAAUUGGGCUGUUCGACAGUUUUGUGAAAUUGAGACAAACAUCAUCUCUGUGGAAAGAGUAUAUGAGUAUAUCAACUUACCAAGCGAAGCUCCAUUGGUCAUUGCUGAUAAUCGCCCAGCACCGACAUGGCCACAAAAUGGAAUGGUUGAAUAUCAGAAUUAUUCAACACGAUAUCGACCUGGUCUCGAGUUGGUUUUGAAGGGAACUUCUUUUUCCGUGAAGCCAAAAGAGAAAAUUGGCAUUGUCGGAAGGACAGGAGCUGGAAAAUCGAGUUUGACUUUAAGUUUAUUCAGAUUAAUUGAAGCUGUUGAUGGUAAAAUUGAUGAUGUUGACAUCUCUAAAAUUGGAUUAUAUGAUUUGCGUUCACGUAUUACUAUCAUUCCUCAAGACCCAAUUCUUUUUGAAGAAAUCUGGCAGGCUCUUCAAAGUGCACAUAUGAAAAAUCACAUCGCUAAAUUGGAAGGAAAAUUACAAGCUAAAGUACUUGAAGGUGGUAACAAUUAUAGUCAAGGACAAAGACAAUUACUAUGUUUGGCUAGAGCUUUGUUGAGGAGAUCACCUAUUAUUGUUUUAGAUGAAGCUACGGCAAGCGUUGAUGUCGAGACGGAUGCUAAAAUACAAGAAACAAUUCGUACAGAAUUCAACUGGGCAACAUUAUUGUGUAUCGCUCAUCGUUUGAGAACAAUUAUUGACUACAACAGGGUACUUGUAUUAGACAAAGGAAAAGUUGCAGAAUUCGAUACACCAUAUAAUCUUUUACAAAAUCCUAAUAGUUUAUUCCGUAAUUUAUGUGAGGAAAGCAAUGAAUUUGAAUAUUUGAUGGAUAUUGCAACUAAAAAAAAUCAUACCAGUAAAUCCAAGUAA